GCCGCUGAUGUGACAGGCAGAAGCUUGUGUUUACUUCCCUUCAGUUCCCAGGGAUGUGCACAGGCCCUCUCCCAGCCUCUUCCAGAUUUUCCCCUCUUCUCCUUUUCCGCCACAACAACUGCAGUAAGAGGAGUCUGGCUAUAGGGAUGUCCGGCGAGAUUGGAGAAGACACUAUGGUGAAGAAGGCUGCUUCCUCCGAGAGGGAACUGAUGGAACUAAGCGAAAAUGAUGUAGCAGAAAUCAACCUGCACGCUGUGGAAUCCAUCAGCGACUUGCACUACGGAUCCAGCAGACACGAAGGGAGCAGCCAGACUCAGCACAACAGCCCGUGGACACCGCAUAGCCUGGCCUCCUCCAAGCACUUCACUUUCCCAAAUGAAGAGGACUCGUCCUUUGUACCCAUCCAGAAUUUCCACAUGAUGCCCACUUUCACCUGUUGUCCUUGCUUUGGCCCAACCUGUUGCCCCACUGGCUUCUUUGCCCUCCUCGGAGUGCUGGUUGUGGCCAGUCUAGGCCUGGCCACCCUGGCGGUCUAUCUGAGUGUCCUGCAACGUGAGUCACUUCGGACGCUUGCUCAGUGGCUGGAGUCACAAGAGGAGGCCAUUCGACAAAUGAGAGCAGUGAGUUUACAGCUAUGGAAGCAGCUCAAUGCCAGCGAGCCUGGGGCUCAAACCUGAGCUUGGCAGUUACUACUCGUCUUGGUUCUAACUUUCCUUGGGGGAAGCCCGAUUCAUGUGACAAUGAGA